AGCUCCGGCUUGAGAGCGUUUUAGUGGAACCGGUGUGGCGAUCUUGCCUUGCUUUUUCCAUGCCGCUGUGCUGUCUUCCCGCUGUCAUCACCAUGGCCAUGGCCAUGGGGGCAGCCGCUUUUACCUCGCCACCAGUUUUUGCGCGGCCCCGUUUGCAAGAAGUGCUUCACACCAACACCAGUUGCCCACCUGGUUUCAAGGCGUGCGGACAUUGCGGAUGCGCCCCGGCGGAUGCAUGUGAUGCGUGCAAAGGCCCUUUGGGUGAAGUGAACGUCACCGUGCGGGCCGUGCGGAGCAAGAUGGCAGGCUGCCCGUCGGACCACGUGGAUUGCGGCAACCAGACAUGCGUGCCACAGUCAAAGUGCGCAGCAACAGGAUCUCCUCAGGCCGUGCCAAGCAGUUCAAGAAGAUCCAUUCUCCAAGAUUGCCCAGCGGUCUACACCGACUGCGGCGUGUGCCAAUGUGUGCCUGGCGAUGUCUGUCAGCGCUGUCCCAACGUGAUCGCACUUUCGAUCCCCGCAGAGAACGGGACGGACUUUGACAUGUCAAGCGAGCCAACCGCCAACAACUCAGAGCCACAAGAGAAUGGACAGCCACCUCACUAUCCUUCAGAGGAGCGGAUUUGGGCUGUCGAUGGUCUUGCAAAGUCUGUGAGUUGGGCGCGCUACCAGUCCACAUAUCCCUUUUUGGUUGCCAUCAAAUGGAUUGGCCGUGGAGGAAAACGCAGUCACAUGUGUGGAGGCACUUUGAUCCGUGAGUCUGUCGUUCUUACAGCAGCACAUUGUGUUUCCCAAAUGCGAAAUGGACGGAUUAUGUUUCUUGAUGCCAGCAUCGUCGAAGUUUGGUGGGGUCAGGGAGACAACAAUUGGAUCAGUUCGGGGGUGGACCUGCUCGUGAUUCCUUCCUCGUACAAUGGGAAUGAUGGGAAUGACGACAUUGCGAUCCUCCAUUUGACCCGACGCUUCUCGGGUGCAUCAGUGGCAAGGUUGUCCCGGCGGAAGUGGUACAAUGUGGGCUCGAAACCAUUGAUCGCUGGAUGGGGAGCAGUGGAUCGUCAUUCACAGUGGUACCAAGCAGACAAACUAAGAGAAGGUUACACUCAGAUUGCUGAUUCUGCGCUGUGCAAGGCGAUGAUUAAGGAUUUUGACCCCGCCAAAAAGAUUUGUGCAGGGAGUUACCGUUCAGGAUUGGCUGGCACUGCCAAAGGUGACAGUGGAGGGCCGAUGCUAUUGAACGGUUAUCAGAUCGGAAUCACCUCGCAUGGCUUCAGAGUCGGCAAUGAGUAUCUUGAUGUGUACACCAGGGUGUCAAACUAUGGGGGUUGGAUCAAUCAGGUGUUCGCACACUACCGGUAAGUGCAGGUUUGAUUUGCACAGAGUCGCUCCAGACUCGGUUUUGAGUUCUGCAUCAGAAUGAUGAUGAAUGAAGUGUGAGUGCUUCAAUCUAAGCUUUGAGCAUUUUCUUAAUUACCAUAGGUGGUUGCUUCCUCUCAGAUGUAAAGGUGCUCAGCUCAUGGUGCCGCCACGGAACCAUGGUACUUCUGAGACAAUACUUUCGUUCUAAUUUUGGUCCCGGCCAAGCGAUCACGUCAAGCGACGAAUCUUGGUUUGGGAGCUGGCUCCACAAGCGAGCAAUACCUGAAUUGUCAAGCGCCAAACACGUGGACAAGGGGCCGGUUGCUCUGAAGCAUAUUGAGCGUCUUUGCUAGUAAAAAGACAAAUUCCAUACAGUGGACAAAGAUGCAAACUUGUAUACACUUCUUACCACUUGGACACUUUGGGUAGUUGGAUGUGG